AUCAGCUGAUUCGGAAGAAGUAUGCGGAAGAAGUAAAUUCGAAACCUCAAGUAACCAAACAAAAUAGUGACCUUUUUGGAAAGCUACUGACAGUAAAGUUUUUAAAUUUUAUUUUAAAGCAGAAGAGUACCUGUACCAGUUCCACUCCAGUAGUUAUUUCACAGAGGUAGCCUAGUAACUGAACUGUCAUCAUCAUGGCAUGCAGCGACUCUAUGGUCGCAAUGAAUGGAACUCAAGUUUCCUAUAUUGGACAUGACUGUGAGGACAUCCCAGAGUUCCUUGGAAAAAAAUAUGGAUGCUUGGCAAGACGGCUAGAUCUCAGCUUCAAUCAGCUAAGGUCACUGGCUGGCCUGAAAGCGUUCACUGGGCUGGAAGAACUGGUCGUCGACAACAAUCUGCUCGGAAACGACCUCCAGUUGCCCAGGUUACCCACCCUCCACACCCUGACACUCAAUAAGAACCAACUGACUGACAUCGAGGCACUGCUGGAACACUUGGCGGAGGCAACUCCGUCGCUGCAGUACCUCAGCCUGCUGGGAAACGAGGCCUGUCCCAACCAGCUGGUCAGCCUGGACAAGGAUGAGGAUGACUACCAGAGAUACAGGUACUUUGUUCUGCACAAGCUACCCACCCUAAAGUUCCUAGACACUAGGAAGGUUUGUAAGACAGAACAGCAGGAGGCUGAGGCACGGGGAGCCUUCAUGAAGGUGGUUAAACCCAAGUCAUCAGACAUGGUGGCCCCAGGUGACCCUAAGUCUGAGAGUUCCUCCACACUCUACACCCCUCUACCCAGAGGCUCUAGAGAUGGCAAGAACCACAAAGGUGUGCUCGCCAAGUGCCGUUACAUCUACUAUGGAAAGCAUUCAGAAGGCAACCGGUUCAUCCGCAAUGACCAACUCUAAUGGACCGACGGAGACACACAUACACACACAUAUACACACACACACGCACACGCACGUACAUGCACACAUAUAUAUACACACACACACACACACACACAUACACACACACA